AUGCUCCUCCACGCCUGCUGUCGACGCUUUGCAUCUGCUCGGCCUGUAACGAUGCCCCUCAAAGCCAAGGUCCUGAGCCCGGCCAUGCAGCAGAACGCAGCCAGAACUUUCGCAUCUGCACACCAAAUCAAGGAACUACCGGGCGACGAACCCAACGAUGUUCUCUUCAGCAACCAAGGCGGCGUGCGAAACAUCACCCUCAACCGACCGAGGAAGCUCAACUCGCUGAAUGGGAGCAUGGCGAGGAAGAUCGUGCCCAGGCUGACAGAGUGGAGCAAGAGCGACCUGGCGAACGUGAUUGUCAUCAAAGGCGAAGGACGAGCAUUCUGUGCAGGAGGUGAUGUUGCGUGGCUGGCACAGAGGAACAAGGAGGGAACCGAAGGUCAGCAGGAGAGCAAGGACUACUUCGCACUGGAAUACAAGCUGGACCACCUCAUCUCCACAUACCGAAAGCCAUACGUCGCCUUCAUCGACGGCAUCACCAUGGGCGGUGGUGUUGGUCUGUCGCUUCAUGCGCCCUUCCGCAUAGCCACCGAGAACACGGUAUUUGCCAUGCCGGAGACAACUAUCGGCUUCUUCCCCGAUGUUGGCGCAUCUUUCUUCCUCCCACGAAUGGACGGCGAGCUGGGAACCUACUGCGCUUUGACUUCCGAGCAGAUCAAGGGUGUCAAUGUCUUCUACGCUGGUAUCGCGACACACUACAUCCACUCUUCGUCACUGCCCGACCUGGAGGCACGUCUUGCUGAGCUCGAAUUCAAGGACUACGACGACCUUUCGCACCGCCACCGCAUCAUAAACCGAACAAUCGAAGAGUUUGUGACUGGCCUGCCACACGACCAGCCAAUCGGCGCACCAGUAGGAGGCAACAUCCGCUCAGCAAUUGACUACGUUUUCCAGCCUGCUCUCGACAUCGAUGGUAUACUCAAUGCUCUUGAGGGCCUUGAGAACAUGGACCCUAAGACACCUGGAUAUCCUGAAGUAGCCGACUGGGCUACUAAGACCCGCAAGACCAUCCUCCAGCGCUCACCCACAUCCGUCAAAGUCACCCUCCGCCAGCUCCGCGAGGGUAAGACAUGGAGCAUGGCCGAGACUUUCAGGAAGGAGCACGCCAUUGCCUCCCGCUUCAUGGAGCACCCCGAUUUUGUGGAAGGCGUAACGGCCCUUCUCGUCGAUAAACCCAAGCGCACACCAACGUGGACUCCGUCCACACUGGAAGAAGUCUCAGAAGAGGACGUGGCCAGCUUCUUCAACCACCGCACCGAGUUUGAUCUUUUGAACCAAGAAGCUGGCUCAACCGGCGAGGACUUCAAGUCGUACCCACAUGCAUGGAUCGGUCUGCCGUCGGAGAAUAGCGUCAGGAAAGAGGUGCAGCAGGAAAAGAGUCGUGAGGAGAUCUUGGAACAUUUCCUGGGUCAAUCGCAUGGAAAGCAGGGUGUAAAGGAGAAGGUAGAAGAGAUUCUGACGAGGAAGGCGCCGCAAGAUGAGCAUGGGACGUUGAAGUAG